CUGCUUUACAUCACGAGAGCUGACAUGUGACUGUAGUAGGAAGUGGAGCUGCAGAGAUGGAUGAAGAUGGGCUUCCCAUAGUUGGCUCUGGGAUAGACCUUACUAAGGUCCCAGCAAUCCAACAGAAGAGGACUGUCGCAUUUCUGAAUCAGUUUGUGCUGCACACAGUGCAGUUUCUCAAUCGCUUCUCAACUGUGUGUGAAGAGAAACUAUCAGGCUUUUCUCUACGUAUUCAACAGAUUGAAACAACUCUCAAUAUUUUAGAAGCAAAGCUUUCUUCCAUUCCUGGCUUAGAAGAUGUGAAAGCUGAAACACAACUUCUGCCUACCAAUCUUACCAAUGGACACGUGCCAUCAUUACAAGCCGAUACAGAAUCCCUUACAGUUUCACCCCAGUCAGAUGUGGUGCAGCAGAAUUCCAUAAAUGAUAACACUUUACAAAAGGAAGAAGUACACACAAACAGUGUUGCAACCGUGGCUAAAGAUCCUAGAUAUGCCAGAUAUCUGAAGAUGGUCCAAGUGGGGGUACCAGUGAUGGCCAUCAGAAACAAAAUGAUUUCAGAAGGACUUAAUCCAGAUCUUUUAGAGACUCCCAAUGCCCCAGUUCCUGAUGAAGAACUUGCAGCAGAAGACAGCUCUGACAGUGAAUCAUCCUUUAGUGACUAAGGAUUCUAAAGCUUCUGGACUAUAUGAGCCCUGUUUGGCUAUGACAGUGAUAUUUACUACAAUGUAAAGGUAUAUUGGUAAAUUGUAGCUCAUAAAAAUCUCCUGCAACGUUCGUUUACCAGAUACUGAAUAAUCCCAGUGAACUGUAGGAAACAAGCUGGUGAUUGCACCCAUGAUGGAAAUAUUGUUUGUAGAAGGACUGACUGUUGAAGUCUUCAAAAGUUUACAGAUAUUCUCUCAGAAGUAUUUCCUAAAGGCUCAAUGUGUUGCCAUAGGGUUAGCAGUUUCCAAGCACAAGUGUUUGAAAAUGAAUUGUAGGAGGAAAACCUUGAUAUAUGUUCAGUUAACUGCAUAGCAGUUGCUUGCUGUAACCUGGUUCAGGAAAGGGCACUUAUUUCUUCAAAAUGUGUAUAUAUAAAAUAAUAUUUGAUAAUACGCUUUGAAUAUAGCUGAAAAUUUUAGUUUAACAACUAAUCAAAGUUCAACCAGUUGUAUAAAAAGUUUGGUGUCUGAUGGAUAAUAAUAAAUCAGUUUACCAUCAUCCAAUUACUAUUUUGAUUAUUAAAAAUUAUCAUUAAAGACUUGUGUUUUGUGAGACCUGUCACAAAGAUGUGAAGAACAAAAAUAAAAAUACGCCACUCCUGGAACUUUCACAUCUUAAUCCAAGUUGGCAAUGACAUCUAUUGCGUUGCAUAUUUGUGCAUUCACAACUUUCUUUUGAAGGGGACUUACACUUUUAUGUGAUUCCACAGGGCACAUGUCAAUAUUAGCAAAGAAUGUUAUAUGUUUUUAAUAUAUUUUCAUUGUAAAUAAAAUUGCUGUUCUGUGCUCCUUCAUGCCAUUAAUAGCACUCUGGCUACCA